GCUUAUGAAGUUACCCCCUCAACUAUUCGGUACAAUGUAAAAAAAAUAGUGGAAGCUGGAAGUAUUGAUCACAAAGGUGGAAAUGGUCGAGCAAACAAGAUCACCAAAAACAUUGCAAAAAUUAUAGGUCAGUAUAUUCGAAAGAACAACACAAUAUCUGUACAUAAAAUAGCUAACAAAUUGGAAGCACGUAAUAUAAGAGUUUCAUAUCGUACAAUUUGUAAAUAUAUGAAGUCU